AGAGAGAGCAUAUGAAAAGUUUGGACCAACAUCGAAGAUAGAGAACAUGCUGGGCAAUUAUCUCAACAAACAGAGGAUUAAAGCAAGGUGGACACGUGACAUGAGCCAACUUAAAGGUAUGGGGCAUUUCACUGUGAACUACGUCUUUGGUCCUGGCACUAGACUUUACGUUACUGACAAAAAUGUAAAAGAACCACAAGUGACGUCCUAUCAAGCUCCCAAGAACCAAACAAAUAAGAGGACAACCCUGCUGUGUCAGGCCAGAGACAUGUUCCCAGACUUGGUGACAUUUUCAUGGAAGAUGGAGAGAGAAGAUGGCCGGUUAGUGGAGGUGCCUGAAGCAGAGAGAGAAGAGCUGGAGCAGAGGGAGGACGGGAGAGUGACUAGUAUGAUUAUCAUCAAGAACGAAGAGGUUGAAUCUAAAAAGUACAGCUGUACUGUAAAGCAUGAAGUGGCUGUUGCUGACAUUACAAAAAAACUCUUGCAGUCCAUGUGCAGUGUGAACCUGGUCUCUCUGGUUUACACAGUGAUGAUAGUGAAGAGCUUGGUGUACUGCUGUGGGCUCUCCCUCUUGCUGCUCCUCAGGGACAACAAGGGAAGUCCACCACACACCCAGAGAAAUGUUCUCUAAACUCUACAGGUAGUGAAAAAUUGCAUUCCUACUAAAGCAGAUUUGUCCAUAUCUUGCCUGUUGACUUUUGGGAUAGGGUGGAAGUAGGACAUAGAGAAAUGGGUAUACACGAAUAAUUGUGCACGUUGAGUAGUCUUCUGGCAUUAUAGAAAAAUAAGUAGUGGGAACAAAGUGUUGGAGGUAUUAGGAAACAGUCUUGAUCAUCUAAGUGGACUCAUUGGGUUCUUGUGUUAAAAUGUUAUACUUCUGUAUUUUUUAAGAAAUAUGAUUAAAAAUACAUUUUAUGGGCUAUUAUAUGUAGACAAAUUGAUCAUUUGUAUACAUUUGUAUUUGUAAUUUAUAUUUUUUACUAAAACCAAUACUUUUUGGAAUGAAUUUACAUUGGGUAUCCCAUCACCCUAUUAAUUAACAUUACUUCACAUCUCAAAUGCUGUAAAUGAUUUAAUGUACAAUAUUUAAAUGGUAUACAUUGUUUGUAUAUGUCAAAGAAAGUAUUAACAUUUUAAAUAAAGCUCUGUGUUCAUUUAGCA